CCAUUGGUUGGAAGAUCUCGUUACACUCUCUUUAAAACAAAUCUUUCAUAACCUUGUUCCUUAGCAGAUGCGUUUCGUCCGCAACUUCUCCAUCGAUUCAAAGCGUCAAUUAGGUUUCAUUCUUAGGGAUUUGAUUUUUAAUUUAGCUUAUUAUUUACCGAAGUCUUGCUUAUCUCUUCCAUUAUGAUGGACAUUCGUAAAAGUUUUAAGCAUCAAUUUGUGUGUUGUUUGCUGCUUGCAUGCUUUUCGAUUCAGCUCUUCGCUUCUGAUCCAAUCUUUUACGAGUCGUUUGAAGAAAGUUUUGACGGGAGAUGGAUCGUCUCUGAGAAAGAGGAUUAUAACGGUGUUUGGAAGCAUUCAAAAAGCGAGGGGCAUGAAGACUAUGGGCUUCUAGUCGGUGAAAAGGCAAGAAAGUAUGCUAUCGUGAAAGAACUUGAGAAACCCGUGGAAUUAAAAGGGAAAACUAUUGUUCUCCAAUAUGAAACACGCCUCCAGAAUGGUCUUGAGUGUGGUGGUGCUUACUUGAAAUAUCUCCGUCCUCAGGAAGCUGGGUGGGUGCCCAAGGAGUUUGAUAAUGAAUCACCAUAUUCUAUCAUGUUCGGACCAGACAAAUGUGGAUCCACAAACAAGGUUCACUUCAUUCUGAAGCACAAGAACCCUAAGAGUGGAGAAUACGUUGAACAUCACCUCAAAUUUCCACCUUCUGUUCCAUCUGAUAAGUUGUCUCACGUGUAUACUGCUAUUUUGACCCCUGACAAUGAGGUGCGCAUUCUUGUUGACGGUGAGGAGAAGAAGAAGGCAAACCUCCUUUCAGGUGAUGACUUUGAACCAGCUAUCAUCCCACCAAAGACCAUUCCAGACCCAGAGGACAAGAAGCCUGAGGACUGGGAUGAGAGGGAAAAGAUCCCUGACCCAAAUGCAGUAAAGCCUGAUGACUGGGAUGAGAGUGCACCAAUGGAGAUUGAAGAUGAGGAGGCUGAGAAACCUGAGGGAUGGUUGGAUGAUGAGCCAGAGGAAAUUGAUGACCCUGAGGCUACAAAACCAGAAGACUGGGAUGAUGAAGAGGAUGGUGAAUGGGAGGCACCAAAGAUUGAGAACCCCAAGUGUGAAGCAGCACCUGGUUGUGGUGAGUGGAAGAGACCAAUGAAGAGAAACCCAGCUUACAAGGGAAAAUGGCAUGCUCCACUAAUUGACAAUCCAGACUACAAGGGUAUCUGGAAGCCACAAGAAAUUCCCAACCCCAACUACUUCGAGCUGACGACUCCAGACUAUGAACCAAUCGCUGCAGUUGGUAUUGAGAUUUGGACCAUGCAGGAUGGCAUCCUGUUCGACAACAUUUUGAUAGCUGAUGAUGAAAAGACAGCUGAAACAUACAGACAGACCCAAUGGAAGCCCAAAUUUGACGCAGAAAAAGAAAAACAGAAGGCUGAGGAAGAAGCUACCCAAUCAACAGAUGGCAUCUCAGGCAUUCAGAAGAAGGUAUUCCAUGUGUUGUACAAAAUUGCGGACAUCCCAAUUUUGGAACCCUACCAAUCUAAAAUUCAUGAAUUGAUCGAGAAGGCUGAGACACAACCAAAGAUCACUAUCGGCGUCUUGGUCGCCAUUGCAGUGAUUUUUGUCACUCUGUUCUUCAAGAUUCUUUUUGGCGGGAAGAAACCAGCUGCUGUGAGCACACCCGCAAGUCAAUCUGCUGCUGCAGAGAAUUCCAGCACCAAGGAAAGCAAUGAGGAGAAGGAAGAGGAAAACGAGAAGGAAGAAACUGAAACUGCUGCUCCUCGCAGAAGAACCAGGCGUGAAAAUUAGAAACUUUGGUCGAUGCGAGAAGAGGGCGGAAGACAAACUGAUACUUGUAAGAGAUUGUUUGAGCCUCAUUUUGGAGCAUUAUUCAACUGUAGGAAUGUAAAUUAGGAUUCAACAGAAGAAUUGUUUGCCUAGUAAUUUUUUCAUGUAGGAUGGAUGUGGAACUUCCCACACCAUGUAUUUUGGUUUCCUUUAAAAUUUAGUUUUGAAUGAAGAUAAAUUUUUCACUGAAAUCUUUGUGUUUGAUGAAAUUUGGUAUAACAUACAAGUUUUAUGGCAAUUAUUAGUCUCCUAGUCCUGGAGAUGCUCUCUCUCUAAA